ACAUAUAGACCUGAAUUGAACGAACUCUUGACACUGACGGUUUACUCUUCUCAUAAGGAAGCCCUCCACAAGCAUUCGAAGUAUUAACACUUCCCGAACUACGCGCAAUUAUUCCCCAUCCCUUUCCUCCAGAAAUGAUUUAAUCAGCAUCCGAUCUCAUCUCAUUACCCACAGCCUUCUUCAUCCCCUGACUCAUCCUCUUAUAUACGAAAAAAACAGAAUUCGAGACCAAGUUGUCUGGCCGCCAACACUAAAUCUUGCAUAAUACAAUGGCCGAGACUCGGUCUUUUACCGUUCGGCCACUCUCGAAGCAGACCAGAAACGACCAUCGAGAUGCUUUUCGCGUCUACCUAUCAUCUUCCUCGCUGGCUUCUCUUAGACUUCGGGCUGGCGAUGUCUGUGCACUUUAUGUACCUGGCGAAGCAUCCAAAUAUGCUAUAGCCUGGAAUGCGGUCGAAAACAUUCAAAACACGGUCGUACAAACAUCUAGGACUCUUCAAGAAUGCUAUGGAUUCAAAAUUGGCGAAAAAGUCGCGAUUAGUAAAGUCGACGCGCCCCUACAAGAGGCGCAAACGGUCUCGUUAGUGGACUGCUCAGACGAUGACAAGAUUACAAGAUUUGGCACCAUACCGCCUAACGAUAUUAAGUACUGGGCCUGGUCACUUGAAUUUCCUUUGGGAAGAUGCGAUGCGAUUGCCAUUGGCCUGGUUUUUGAGCUGGAGCUUAAAGGCCAGCGACGCACUUUCAAAGUGGCCAACAUGUCAAGCCUAAGCCGUGAUGGUAGUACCUUGCUCAAGUUCACUGAUACUAGCAAAAUCUUCAUUGGUGAGGAUGUGGUGCCAUUGGAACAAAAUAAGUCCUAUCUCCGUGUGCACUCAACCGGUCUGGGUGGGAUGCAGUCGCAGAUUGAUAGCAUCAAUGAGAGUCUUGCUGAUUUCAGCUCGGAUGCCAGUACCCUGGUCAUGCCUGCUUUCUAUGAGCAUAGCCGGGGUAUUUUGCUCUAUGGCCCCAAAGGUACUGGCAAGACGGCACUCCUGGAACAAAUACGGGGGGCAGGAUGGAGGAAAACGUUCAAUAUCAGCUCUUCUACAUCUGGCAGGAACACAGGUGACGCCGAAGUCAAGCUGCGCAAUGCCUUUCAAGAGGCAAUGCGUUGUCAACCGAGUGCUAUAAUCAUUGAUCAACUCGAGUAUAUAGCUCCCAGGAGAACGGGCAUGGAUACUCAUUCACUGACAGCUACUUUGUGUGAAUGCUUAGACAUGGUGAAGGGUGCUCUAGUCUUGGUUGUGGCCGCAACCCGACACCCAAACGAUGUUGAUGAUGUUUUACGGACACCACAUCGAUUAGCAACUGAAAUUGAGCUUCAAGUGCCGACCGCGCAGGCUCGAGGCGAAAUCUUACGUGCCAUUUGUGGAAAUUCGUCCUCGACGCUGAGCGAUGCUCUAAUAAAUCUUAUAGCGGAAAAGACACAUGGUUAUGUCGGUGCUGAUUUGUUCGCUUUGCUUCAAUUGGUGUGCCGAAAGGCACGGAAACGCCAGUCAAGCGAAAUUUUUGCUUGUACUUCGAUUGUUGACUCGGCAGACGGUCUAAUGGCAUUAGAAGCAAAAAAACCGCUCAUUAUUGAGGAUGUUGAUAUUGUCUCCGCCCUACAGGAGACACGCCCGACUGCUAUGCGGGAAGUUUUCUUGGAAACACCAAAAGUGAAAUGGUCGGACAUUGGCGGGCAGCAUGAGAUCAAGAAGCGCCUCCAAAAGGCAGUUGAGAGACCUCUCAAGCAUCCGCAAAGAAUGAAGAGACUGAAUGUGAACAGCAAAAAAGGAAUCCUGUUAUAUGGACCUCCCGGCUGCUCCAAGACAUUGACUGUGAAAGCACUGGCCACGGAAGCGGGAUUAAACUUUCUGGCAGUUAAGGGCGCUGAAAUCCUUAGCAUGUACGUUGGAGAGUCAGAAAGGGCAUUACGAGAAAUUUUUCGAAAGGCACGAUCUGCCAGACCUAGCAUCGUCUUCUUCGACGAAAUCGAUGCGAUCGCCUCGAGGCGUGGCAGCUCAUCUCAGGGCGGGGUCAACGUCCUCACCACACUUUUGAACGAGAUGGAUGGAAUUGAAGAGCUCAAGAAUGUGUUGGUUAUUGCCGCAACCAACAAGCCUGAGGUCAUUGACCCUGCUUUGAUGCGCCCCGGUCGUCUGGAUAACAUCCUCUAUAUCGGGCCGCCAGAUUUCGAGGCCCGGAAGGAGAUUUUGAGCAUUUGGUUCAGUAAGUCUAGGAUCCAUCCAGACGUAGAGGUAGAGCUCCUAGCUCGGAAAAUGGAAGGCUACUCCGGAGCGGAGAUUGUCAGUAUAUGUGAGACAGCCGGCGAUGCUGCAUUAGAUGAGGAAGAUGAAACGGGGCAUGAGCAGGACAUUCGAAUGGAGCAUUUCGAAUAUGCUCUUCACCAAGUUCGCAGGCAGAUAACAGCCGCCGUUGUUGAGGAGUAUGAAAGGUGGGGUAGCUCGACCGACCUUUAGAAAGGUAGCUAUAAAUAUAUCAGUAUCUGUACUACAAAGUGAGACUUUGGACAUGGGGACACGCAUAAUUGAUUCGAAAACAGACAUCUCUC